UUGAGAGCCAGAAGAAAAAGUGCGUGUUUUACAAACUGACUAUCACACUUGUUGCAGACCAUGACGUUGAUCGAAUCUCUCACUGACCUGGAGCUUCUUUGUUCUCAAAAUGCCGAAUGAGAGAGACGACCGUGAUAUGCAUGCCAAAGAGCAUUUCGUGAUGUCUCACGCCGCUCUCUGCACCAUCCCGCUCGCGCUCUCGGCGGGAGAUGCUGCUAUCGCCGCAGCGGAGACCGAGCGAGGCGUACCGGACACUCACGGAGAAGAGUUAACCUACAGCGAUAGAAACGCCUGCUGUCGCCCUGACGGACCUAUGUUAAACAGGCGUGUUACUCUGCCUGGUACUCUGAUAGAUAACGACCCCACCAAGACAGCGUUAUCAGAUCUCCAUCAAGUUGAGGGAUCCAGACAUGAGUUCGGCCAUCACGCGCACAGGUUAUUCGACAGCGAUGAUGACCUGGACUAUCACGUGCACCAUCACUGGCAUCCUCACGAGAGCAACUCUCACUAUUCUUUUGAGGCCAUUCAGCGCAGACACACCACCCUGAGAGAAAAGUGUCGCAGGCAGGCCGUCCGCGGCCCCGCGUACAUGUUCAGUGAGAGAGGCACCAGUCUGACCGAAGAGGAGGAGCGUUUCCUAGAUGCCGCAGAGUAUGGAAACAUCCCUGUGGUCCGUAAGAUGCUUGAGGAGUCCAAGACUUUGAAUGUAAACUGCGUGGACUACAUGGGUCAGAAUGCAUUGCAGCUUGCUGUAGGGAACGAGCACUUGGAGGUCACAGAACUGUUGCUGAAGAAAGAAGGGCUGGCGCGAGUGGGUGAUGCCCUGCUGUUAGCCAUCAGCAAAGGAUAUGUGAGGAUAGUAGAGGCCAUCCUGGCCCAUCCGGCAUUCGAAGGUGGUCUCCGUCUGACUCUGAGUCCCCUGGAGCAACAGCUAAGAGAUGACGACUUCUAUGCGUAUGAUGAAGACGGGACUCGCUUUUCCCAGGACAUCACGCCUAUGAUUCUGGCGGCCCACUGCAAGGAGUAUGAGAUCGUGCACAUUUUGUUACUCAAGGGUGCUCGCAUUGAGAAACCCCACGACUAUUUCUGCAAGUGCGGCGAGUGUGCAGAGAAACAGAAGCAGGAUUCUUUCAGCCAUUCACGAUUGAGGAUGAAUGCCUAUAAAGGCCUCGCCAGCGCUGCCUAUCUGUCACUGUCUAGUGAAGACCCUGUGCUCACAGCGCUGGAGCUCAGCAAUGAGCUGGCACAACUCGCCAACAUCGAGACUGAAUUUAAGAAUGACUACAGGAAGCUCUCCAUGCAGUGUAAGGACUUUGUGGUUGGCGUUCUGGAUCUCUGCAGAAACACAGAGGAGGUAGAGGCCAUUUUGAAUGGAGAUGUGGACCAGAACCCCCCGAGCGAACACCACCGGCCCUGCCUUAGCCGGGUCAAACUGGCCAUUAAGUAUGAAGUCAAGAAGUUUGUGGCUCAUCCGAACUGCCAGCAGCAGUUACUGACGCUGUGGUAUGAGAAUCUAUCAGGCCUUAGGCAGCAGUCGGUCGGCGUGAAGUGUUGGACAGUGCUGGGAGUGAUGGUUGGCCUGCCAUUUCUUGCAAUUGCAUAUUGGAUUAUGCCCUGCAGCAAGGUGGGCCAGGUUCUCCGCAGUCCCUUUAUGAAAUUUGUAGCUCACGCCGUCUCAUUCACCCUCUUCCUUGGUCUUCUGGUUCUCAAUGCCUCCGACCGCUUCGCAGGAGUCAAAAACCUUCCUAACGAAACUAUCACUGAUUAUCCACGGCAGAUCUUUCGCAUUAAAACCACUCAGUUCUCGUGGACAGAGAUGUUGAUAAUGGAAUGGGUGCUGGGAAUGAUCUGGACGGAGUGUAAGGAGGUUUGGGCUGAUGGACCACGAGAAUACAUCAUGCAUUUGUGGAAUGUGUUAGACUUUGGCAUGCUGUCAGUCUUCGUAGCGUCAUUCACCGCACGGUUCAUGGCUUUCCUGCGAGCCUCCCAUGCACAGCUGUAUGUGGAUUUGUAUGUGACUAAUGCAGACUUGAUCAAUGCCUCAUUACCAGAAGACGUGGCCUACUUCACUUAUGCCAGGAACAGGUGGCUUCCCUCAGAUCCUCAGCUCAUCUCCGAGGGCUUGUACUCCAUCGCUGUGGUGCUCAGUUUCUCACGUAUCGCCUAUGUUUUGCCGGCCAACGAGAGUUUCGGACCAUUACAAAUAUCUCUUGGGCGCACGGUGAAGGAUAUAUUUAAAUUCAUGGUCAUCUUCAUCAUGGUCUUCCUUGCCUUCAUGAUCGGCAUGUUUAAUUUGUAUUCCUACUAUUUGGGAGCUAAAUAUAAUCCUGCAUUUACCACGGUAGAGGAAAGCUUUAAAACGCUGUUCUGGUCCAUCUUUGGUUUAUCUGAGGUGAUCUCUGUGGUUUUGAAGUAUGAUCAUAAGUUCAUUGAGAACAUUGGUUACGUGCUCUAUGGAGUCUAUAAUGUCACAAUGGUGGUGGUCCUGCUCAACAUGCUCAUAGCCAUGAUCAACCACUCAUACCAGGAGAUUGAGGAGGACGCUGAUGUAGAAUGGAAGUUUGCUCGUGCAAAGCUGUGGCUCUCCUAUUUUGAUGAAGGCAGCACUCUUCCACCCCCCUUUAAUCUAAUACCCAGCCCCAAAUCCUUCUAUUACAUGGCUCAGCGCACCAAAGCAUGCCUAGUGAGUUUAUGCAAGGCCAGGGUUCGUAGCAACAGCAGCCAGCAGGAUGUGGGAAUGGCCAAUUCACGCUCUAAGCUUCGUCGGUUUCAACCUUACCACGCACAAGAGGGCUUCACGGUUAGAAAUCCUAUCAAACAUCCCACAAGAUAUCAGAAACUCAUGAAGCGUCUCAUCAAGCGGUAUGUCCUAAAAGCCCAAACUGACAGUGAAAGCGAUGAGAUCAAUGAAGGUGAGUUGAAGGAAAUCAAGCAGGACAUUUCCAGCCUCCGCUACGAGCUCCUGGAGGAAAAGUCACAGGCCACUGAAGAACUUGCUGAACUGAUUCAGGAGCUUGGAGACAAACUCAGCAAAGGAGCCAAGAGACCAUGAAAAAUGAACUCUUGUGAUUGUAGCUGAAAGUGUGCUGGGCUGAGUCUAGAUCUGCUGAAAUAUUUAGUUUAGAUAAAAACUUAAAUGUCUCGUUAUACUCUUAAUCCGUUUUAGUCUGGAAGCCUGUUUCCGCCACUGAAUAAAAAAGAAAAAAGGUUAUUGCGACUUUUUAUCUCACAAUUCUGACUUUUUUCUCAUAAUUGCGUGAUACAAACUCGCAAUUCUGACUUUUCUCAGAAUUGCGUAAUAUAAACUCACAAUUACGAGUUAAAAAAUCAUAAUUCUGAGAUAUAAACUCGCAAUUCUGACUCGCACUGAAUUGCGUGAUACAAACUCGCAAUUGCGAGACAUAAAGUCGCAAUUCUGAGAAAUAAAGUCAGAACUGCGAGAUAAACAAAGUCUUUUUUCCCCCCUCAAAAAUUGCGAGUUUAUAUCUCACAAUUCUGAGAAAAAAAGCAAGAAUUGCCAGAAAAAAAGUCAGAAUUUCGAGAUAUAAAUUCGCAAUUGCGAGAAAAAAAGUAAGAAUUGUGAGAUUAAAAGUCGCAAUAACCUUUUUUUAUUUUUUAUUCAGUGGCGAAAACAGCCUUCCAUAGUUUUAGACAUUGGUUUGUGAAGGUAUAAUUUGUGGUUGCCAUUUGUGUGUUGGAUGCAAUUUAAUAAAGUCAUUUUAAUAACUCUAACUCAGGAGAGACGCAGUGCUAUAGAAUAAUAAUAAAUUCAUAUGAAUGUAUUAUCACAAUAUCUAUAUUGUUAACAUGACAACAACAGAGCUAAAUGUGUUAGUACUGACGUUAGUUCUCAUUCCUGGUCCUGUAUCGCAGAGCUGCACAUUAUGGUCUUGAAGGCUUGACAUAUGGGUUUAUGAUAAAAAAAUAAAUAGUCAUCCAAAAUGUGCAUGGAGACCUCCAGGACCUGGACAAAGAUGCACUACCAUUUCCCCCUCUCUCUCUCACACACUUUUUUUUUUUUAAAUCAUGUAUUAUGAAGAAAUAUAUAAAUAUAUUUAUAUAAAGAAAAUUAAGCCUUUUUUUUAAAGACUGUUAAAGGUUAUACAUUGUAACAUUAUUUCCAUGAGAGUUAUAUUUCCCUUCCAAGUCCAUAAUUCAAUAAAAUAAAAUGUAAAAUAAAAUAAUUUUCAUUAAAAAAAAAAAAAGUCACAAUGUAAAAUGAUUCUAAUGGAAGGCUUGGUUUUCUUUAUGCAAAGUAGAAUGAAUAAAAACAA